AUGUCAAAUAGAACUGCAUAUUCUAACUCUCACCCUUUAAUAUCCAGGAAAUUGGCCUUGAGGCAUCACCCUGACAAGAACCCAGACAACCCAGAAGCUGCUGAGAAAUUCAAGGAGAUCAACAACGCCAACGCCACCCUCAGUGAUGAGAACAAACGGAAAAUCUAUGAUGAGUAUGGAUCCAUGGGGCUCUACAUUGCGGAGCAGUUUGGGGACGAGAGUGUCAAAUACUACUUCCUCAUGUCCAAGUGCUGGUUCAAGGCACUUGUGGUGUGCUGCGGUAUUUUCACCUGCUGCUGCUGUUUCUGCUGCUGCUGUUUCUGCUGU